AUGGAGGCUUUUCCCUGGGCGCCCCGCUCGCCCCGCCGUGGCCGCGCCCCCGCGCCCAUGGCGGUCGUGCCCAGUGCCCGCUACGUGAGUGCCCAGGGUCAGGCGCACCCGCAGCCCUUCAGCUCGUGGAACGACUAUCUGGGGCUCGCUACGCUCAUCACCAAGGCGGUGGACGGCGAACCGCGCUUCGGCUGCGCCCGUGGCGAGGACGGCGGUGGCGGCUCCCCGCCCUCUUCGUCGUCCUCGUCCUGUUGCUCCCCCCACACGGGGGCCGGGCCCGGGGCGCUGGGGCCGGCGCUGGGGCCGCCAGACUACGACGAGGACGACGACGACGACGACGACAGCGACGAGCCGGGGUCCCGGGGCCGCUUCCUGGGGGGCGCGCUGGAGCUACGCGCGCUGGAGCUAUGCGCAGGCCCCGCCGAAAAUGGUCUGCUGGAGGAGCGCUUCGCCGAGCUGAGCCCGUUCGCAGGUCGCGCUGCUGCGGUGCUGCUGGGCUGCGCGCCAGCCGCCGCCACCACCCCCGAGGUGACGCCGCGAGAGGAGCGGGCCCCGGCGUGGGCGGCCGAGCCCCGACUGCAAGCUACCUCGGGGACAGCCGCCGCCCGGCUGCUCAAACCCGAGCUGCAGGUGUGCGUGUUCUGCCGGAACAACAAGGAGGCGGUGGCUCUCUACACCACCCACAUCCUGAAGGGCCCCGACGGGAGAGUGUUGUGCCCGGUGCUGCGUCGCUACACGUGCCCCCUGUGCGGCGCCAGCGGCGACAACGCGCACACCAUCAAGUACUGUCCGCUCUCCAAAGUGCCAGCACCGCCCGCCGCGCGUCUGCCGCCGCGCGGCGCUAGGGACAGCCUGCCAGGCAAGAAGCUGCGCUGA